GCACAGAUUGGAAACAAGCAGUAGUUUCAGGAUAAACACAGAGGGGAAGUCUGAGGUGAGGUGGAGCGCGGCUAUUCAGGGACAGGUCGGACUGGUUUCUUCCUCCACAAUACCUGUGUUUCCCGGUCGUGUUCAUUUUUGGCCAAGGAGGGAGAAAGGAGUGAGUCAGACACUGGGAAAGGACUUAAAGGCUCAUCAGAACAUUUCAAUUUUACCCUAAAGGAAUUUAAACAUGCCAGAGGAUGAAGAAUAUUUUGGAAAGAAUGGCGAGCCAAGGAAGUAUGACCCCACCUUCAAGGGUCCAAUCCAAAACAGGGGCUGCACCGACAUUGUGUGCUGCAUCCUCUUCAUCAUCGCCAUUGUGGGUUAUAUUGCAGUUGGAAUACUUGCAUGGUCCCAGGGUGACCCCAGGAAGGUGAUCUAUCCCACAGACAGUCGUGGGCAGUUCUGCGGGCAGGCCGGCACUCCACUUGAGAAAAAGCCCUUUCUGUUCUACUUCAACAUCAUGAAGUGUGCCAGUCCCAUGGUGCUGCUGGAGUUCCAGUGUCCAACUACACAGAUGUGUGUGGAGAAGUGCCCGGAAAAGUUCAUGACAUUACUGAAAGCCCACGCAAGCAGAAGUGACUUUGACUACUACAAGCAAUUCUGCAAGGAAGGCGUGACAAAUUCAAUGGGUGUCACAGAAGUCCUCAAAUACGGACUCUGUCCUGCCAUGCUGACUCCAAGCAAGCCCUUCACUCGUAGGUGUUUCCCUGCAUUGGGACAGAAAGGAGGGGUGAUAACUGUGGGAAAUAACUCUCACUUCGACGAUGGAAGUGGCAAAAUUCGAGAUGCCAAGGAUCUUGUGGAUGGAGUUAAGAAUGCCACAGUGGUCAUCGAGGCUCGUCAGGUGGUCAUGAAGAUUUUCGAGGAUUACACUCAGUCCUGGUACUGGAUCCUCCUAGGGCUGGUUAUAGCGAUGCUCACCAGCCUGCUCUUCAUCAUCCUCCUGCGCUUCCUGGCAGGGAUCAUGGUCUGGGUCAUAAUUGUCUUGGUGAUACUGGUCAUAGGAUAUGGUAUCUUCCACUGCUACAUGGAGUACGCAUCUCUGAAAGGGGAGCCAGGUGCUGAUGUGACUCUACAAGAACUGGGCUUCCAGACCGACUUCACCGUGUACCUGCAGAUAAGACAGACCUGGCUAGCCUUCAUGAUUAUUCUGGCCAUAGUAGAGGUCAUUAUCAUCCUGCUGCUCAUCUUCCUCAGGAAAAGGAUCCUCAUCGCCAUUGCUCUCAUCAAAGAAGCCAGCAGGGCCAUCGGGCACAUCAUGUCCUCCCUCUUUUACCCGCUUUUCACUUUCGUCCUGCUGGCCAUGGUCAUCGCCUACUGGGCCGUUACUGCUGUCUUCUUGUCUACCUCAAAUGAACCAAUCUACAAAGUUUUCAAUGAGACGGACUGUGAACACUCAAGAAAAACCUGUGACCCUGCUAAUUUCUCAACCAGUCCAAUGAAGUACCAGUGCCCUGAAGCCGAGUGCCUUUUUGCCUUCUACGGUGGAGAAACCGUCUACCACAAGUACCUGAUCGGCCUGCAGUUCUACAAUGUCUUCCUCUUCUUCUGGUGUGCCAACUUUGUCACUGCGUUGGGACAGAUGACCCUGGCUGGCGCCUUUGCCUCAUAUUACUGGGCCUUCGUAAAGCCUGAUGACAUGCCUGCCUGCCCUGUGUUUUCUUCCUUAGGAAGAUCUCUCAGGUAUCAUACGGGAACUCUGGCGUUCGGCUCCCUCAUCCUCUCAAUUAUUCAGAUCAUCAGGGUUUUGCUUGAGUAUUUGGACCACAAGAUGAAAGGAGUCGAAAACAAAUGUACCAAAUUCCUGAUGUGCUGUUUGAAGUGCUGCUUCUGGUGCCUGGAGAAAUUCAUCAAGUUCCUGAACAGAAAUGCCUACAUCAUGGUGGCAAUCUAUGGCAAAAACUUCUGCACAUCUGCCAAAGACGCCUUCUUCCUCCUCAUGAGGAACAUGAUCAGGGUUGCCGUCUUGGACAAAGUGACAGAUUUCCUCUUGUUUUUGGGCAAACUGCUCAUUGUUGGACUUGUAGGGGUCUUUGCCUUCUUCUUCUUCUCUGGCAGAGUGAAGGCCUUUGAGGACACAGCUCCCCAUCUCCACUACUACUGGGUGCCAAUCCUUACGGUCGUGGUUGGCUCAUACCUCAUUGCCCAUGGAUUCUUCAGUGUGUAUGCCAUGUGUGUGGACACGCUCUUCCUCUGCUUCUGCGAAGACCUGGAGCGCAAUGAUGGUUCAGCUGCGAGACCUUAUUACAUGUCCUCCACUCUUCGCGAGAUUCUGUGGAAGAAAGAGGCUGACGAGCCGACUUCGUCUUCUGCGCAGCAACAGGACAACGAGGACAUUUAGCUGAAACAGUAGCCGGAUCAGACGGAGGACACAGCUUAGAGAAGAGGACUAUAGUGUUCGGGACUUAAGUACCCAAUGUUUUGUUGUUGAGUACUGGGAAAUUCCCUUUUCAUCAUAUCUGCAGAGGCAGUAUGGAGAAUGAUUGCUGACGUGUUUAAGUGGCUGUGAUGCAGUGUUUUAGUUGUACGUAAAGACUGAUAAGAUAACUGGAAAUAUAUACCACCUGUAUUUAAGCUGGGAAUCAUUAAGGAUUUAAUAUUCUCAAUACGCUCAACACAACAAAACAGUGGUUGUAGUAUUAACCAUAACGAGGCUUGCAGGUAUUUCAAGCUUUGGAUUUCUCCUUAUGUAGAAAUCGUUUGUUGGCGCUGUAACUUUAAAGAGUGAGCAAUCUGAACCUUAGCCGUAGCUUUUCAAAAUUACUUAUUCAGAGAAAUUUAGUUUCAUAUUUGAAGCCACAACGCAGAUUUCAACCUUUUUCAAACGUCGAGUCCUUUUUCGGGCAUCUUCACAAAUAUAUUAUAUAAUCUGACUUACUAUCAGAUAGGCAGGAUAUAUUUAGUAAAAGUGUUCUGCAGAAAUAUUUACCAAAAAUGUUCAUACAGAUACCAAAAAACAGCAUUAAUUGUUUAUAAUAAAUCUACCAAGAGAUAGAUAUGAUAAAAAUCAUAGCUGAUACUAUCUGAAGGAUCAAACCCAACUUUGCUUCGACAAGAUCCACUGAGACCUUUUUAGAGAUGAACACAAUAUUUCUCAACAAUGUUUAAAAAAACUUAAGUACUUAAUUUUUUUUAUAAAUAACCUUUUUGAAAAAAAAGGGAUGACUUUUACAGUCAUUACCUUUGGGAAGAUAUAAUCUUGGGAGUUGCCCACUUGGUGUAACCCCUGUGAACCAGCAGAGGGCGGAAUUGGAUGUGUUUCCUCACUGAGCGCUCAUCCUUCCUUUCAAAACACAAGUACCUUGUGUAUGUCUCAAAUAGUGGCCUGGGCUUAAACAAGAAUUGCCCAUUCGUCCCAUCUUUCCCGGGCUGUGUGGGACAUGAGGAGCCAUGUGGUAGUCUACGAAACACAUCAGUAGAGGGCGUAAUAGGAUGUGUUUCUUCACUCAGUGCUCAUCCCUCUUACAAAAAAAUAAGUACCUUAUGUAUGUCUCAAAUAGUGGCCUGGGCUCAAAAAAAAAUACUUGCCAUAGUGUUAUUUUUUCCCUACAUUUAUGAUUUAAUGGCUUACUCUAGGCAACAAAAGAAGAACUGAGCAUUGCAUAUAUCCAAUGUCCGAUGAAGUGAUAAUCAACUGAUAAGUAUAAUAGUGGUGUAAUAUACAAUACAAUACAGACAAUAAAAAUCAAAAAGCUAGAGACGGUAUUUUAAACUGCUGCGUUGCCUUAAUGUUUGAAUAACAUACUUGUUUGUUACAACUGGGUACAAUUUUACAGUCAGUCGUGACUGUUUCACUAAGUGUCUUGAGACUAUUAAUAGCUUUAUAUGAGGUCAUUACAUUUCUAGAACGAGUUUAGCUUUUCAAAUCACGCUGCCACACACCAAUAGAAACCUCAAGAUUUAAUGUGCCUCUUAACUGUGAUAAUGUUAGUCUAUUUGUACCUUUAAACUGGCAGUUUGAAGUAUUUGUAGUAUUUUGAAGUUUAUGUAAUUACACCCAGUGAUCAUUAGGGCUCUUCCUUGAGUAUGCAACUCUACUGAUGCACUUUAUUAUCUGUUCCAAACAAGUCAUAAUUGUAUUAAUUAAUUUUGUGAUACUUCUGAAGUUAGCUGCUGCAAAUGUUAUCGUUUUAGCUCUAUACAUUUGUUAGCAUUCAAUCUGUAGUACUGGACAUUAACUUUGUAAUCUAGAUUUGCCACUUAUUAAUGUUUAUUGCAAAGCCUGACCCUCAUUUCAAAAGGGCUGUUUUUCUUUUUUUUUGGUCUGUUGAAUGUUUGCUUUGAAAAAAAUAGUUAAAUAAAAAAACAAAUUGAGGAGAAAAGGAAAAAAAAAAAGUAGUUAAACACCAUUUAUUGAAUCUCUUUCCAGUGGAGGAUCUUGAGAGGAACGACGGCAGUGCAGAGAGGCCGUACCUGAUGCCUGACAGCCUACGCAAAAUCCUAAACAAGAAGAACAAGAACCCACCGGCUGAGUAAACUCCCGCCCCACUACAAUACCAGCCUUAUGAAGGCAACUCAGUGGGUUAAAUUGGUUCAGUGGACAUGGAACUGAUGCAUGAGUCACCUGGAGCCUGCGUGUGACAAUCAGCAAUGUCAUCCAUUACUUAUGAAUCAGACACAUUGAUUUAUCAUUAUGUCUGCAGAGGUUCGAAGAUCUAUGAUGGAACUAUUUUUAAACUUACACAGUUUUAGCAUGUUGUACAUUUUUUAUGAAGGAUGCAGCCAAAUUAGUUCCGUUUUAUAAUAUUUAAGCAUUACAUCAAAGUAAGAUAGAAUAUGAUCUAUUUGGAUCAUUUAUAAGUUUUGUUUUAUCCCUGCCACUGUGUCUUUUUAGAGGUUUUAUAUAAAUAAAUAUCUAACCAUGUGUUACCAAAGCCAUUUAUUUCCUCUUGUGGACAGUCUUCAUUUACCAUGUGCUGUUACGGUGUAUCUUUUAACAUCAUACCUAUGCAGAGAAAUAUAAACCAAAGCCAAACACUUUAAUUUAAAUGAUUUAUAUUGUUAUACUAAGCUGCAUCUUUUAUGUUUGUUGAGUUGAAUUGAGGGAUUUUUGUUUUAAAUAAAAAUAGUUUUGUAAA